GGACGAACCUAGGUAAUCAUUCAACUCCACGUAUUACGGAUAUAUGAAUAUGCUCCUCUGAUUCCGAACCACGGCCUCUGGGAACAUCUCUCUCAACCAUUCAUACUUUAAUUGUGGAAAGACAAUCAACUCUUCCCCAUCCAGCCAUGUCGACGCAUGGGGAUUCGCACGGGCUAGACCCCGCUUCCAAUGCAAACACAGAUAGCACUUUGUCUCAGCAACCUCGAAUAACCCCUCGGAAUUCAGACGCAGAUGGAGCCAUUACAUCUGAAGCUGCAAAAGACACACCUUAUGGCACUCUGCGCCAGCUCGCAAACCUGCCAAAGCCGGCAACACCUUUGCGCCGAGCUGCCAGCGCUGGCCCUCCUUCUCAUCGAUCCAUACGACGAACACCUGUGACCCAGGCCAGGACACCUGGUGCAACACAAAGGCUUGGUGGCUCGGGAAGGAGAGCGAAUGUUCUCACACCUCAUGGAAGGGCCGCAAUGCGAGAAUUGGAGGCACGCAGAGCUGUACUCACUCCUGGCAAGGACAGGAGACGAAGCGGACGGCAGCAGAGGGAGACACCCCGGGAUGAUUUGAGGGCACUUAGUAGGCUUCUAGCUCCAAAAUCUCAGCCAGUCGUGCCAACACCACCGGGUCACAAUGCAUCCACCGGAAAGUUUGCCAUUCCUGGGAACGAUGACUUUGAUGAUGGGCCCGACCUAGAAAGGCCGCGCCUGUCAUUACCAAUUGGAGACGAUGACGAGGAUGAUGAUAGCUUGCUGUUGCCGCCUCGUUCAGCAGGUCUGGAAGACGAGAACAUUACAGUGCGAUCCAUUGAGCUUCCUCGAAGGGCUAUUAGCGAGCAACCCCCUGGACGACUGUCUAGGGGAAGUUUUGGAAGUAUCAGGAUGAGCGACCAAUUUGCGGAUCUGAACGAGAUAGGUUUAGAUGGCAUAGGGGGUGUAUUUGAUUCCAGUUUUGCUAUGGGAGGCCAAUUGAGUGAUGAUGAUGUCCCAGAUAUGUAUGAUGACUUCCCAAGGGAAAAUACAGCGACUUUAAGAGACAUUGGCCUUGGGCGAGGUCGCGUUUCCCUGGCAUCUGGUCGGGAUAGCGAUAUUCGCCCAGCCGAAUUUCCAGGGGACGAUACUGAGAAUACUUUUGUAUUUACAGUUCCGCCUCGAGAUGCAACAGAUCCACAGCAAUCUGAUGACGCUGCGGAGACUCCUAGUGGAGAGAUCGGAAAUAAUUAUUCGGACCAGGAGGUCGAGGUGGAAGGCGAGGACCCAGAAGCGUCCGACAAUCCUAUGGAAGGGGAAGCCGACACCAGUAUCCAGGAAACCACGCUUCUGGAUAUUGAUACUUCUGUGGCCGAUACGCACAAGGUUACCAGGAAGAAAAGGAUCAAGAUCUCAAAGCAUGGUAUUCAAUAUCCUUCUCUUCCACCAGGCGUGGUCAAAAAGCUCGCCACUACGUAUGCUCGAACAAGUGGCAAUAGCAAAGCCAAAAUAAGCAAAGACACUUUAGAUGCCAUAAUACAAGCAUCUGACUGGUUUUUUGAACAAAUCAGUGAUGACUUGGGCGCAUACGCUGAGCAUGCCGGCCGGAAGACCAUUGAGGAGAGUGAUGUUCUUACACUCAUGAAACGACAACGCCAGACAAACACUACGACGACGCCUUUUUCAUUAGCUCAGAAGUAUCUUCCUCGAGAGCUUCUACAAGAAUUGCGAAUGGUUCCUCCUUCAAAAACCAAAAGGGGACGUCAGCUCGAGAGCGUCGACGAGGUGGACGAGGACGUGGACGUAGACGAAUGA